AUGAGAUCACAAAGUCUUUAGAAAACAUCAGAUACUUACAAAUUUUCUGUUAAUUUUGUCAUUCCUAUGAGAAAAAGACAUGUUUUUUAGCUUUCAACAGGAAAAAAUCUCUUAGGAUUUACUCCAAAUGAGGUGCAAUAAUCAAAAAGAGAAAUUUUACAAUAAAAUCAAUAAAGAUAGUUAGAGAAGCAAAAGUUAUUUGGAACCUCUAGUAACUAUUAUCGUAAGUAAUAAAUUGUAUUGUUAUUCACAUAUUCUUAGCAUAAUUUGAUUAUUUCAAAUAAUGUUUAAGACGAUUAUAAUAAAAAAAUAUAAAAUAGNUCUUAAAAAUCUAGAGAACGAAAUCAAACAUUUCAUUGUGGACAACCUUAAUAAAGUAAAUUUCUUAAAGAAUUAAUGCAAAAAGUUUAUUCUAGAAAUAAUCCAAUCAAAAAACCCUACAAGAUUAGUGAAUUUGAAAAAAAAUAAUUAAGUCUUUUAAGUAAUAUAUAUUAUAAUAUUAAUAGUUGGAAAGGCUAAAAAAUAAAAAUCGUUGCAUUGUUGA